CCGGCCUCCGUAAGAUAAGGACGCCCGAGGUGGCUUAGAACGCGUUCUAUCAUUUCAAAAUUAUUGACUCGCAACGAUGUUUGAAUCUAUUAUAGUGGAGUAUCUCGACAAUACAUUAAAUACUAUAGAAGAUUUCAAAGAUGAACUAUACGCAAUAUUACAACGGUAUAAUGAUAAAGUUAAUGUUCACGCUAGCGCACGGAAAAAAGUGAAGAAGUUAUUAGAUAAUUUUAAUUCAUCUUUCUCAUCUGUCGAAAUGAGGAAAUUCGUUUACGAACUUGAAUAUCACGAGGAAAUGAGAGUAAAUGUCACUUCCGCCUACACAGUUGAAGUAAUAAAGGAUCAACGAGAGAAUCAGGAACGUAUUAAUCAGUUACGAAGAAAUACAAGUGAAAACCAAUUUUUAUAUUACUUGCCGGUAUUCCAUGUCCAAAAAGGCCCAAAAACUACCUAAAAAAAAGAAGAAAACCGACCAGUUAAUGUUCGUUAAAUAAAAAAUAAAUUUUAAGUUAAUUUUUACUUUCCGGUAUAUAUCCACAGUGGCUUGAAAAAAACUGCCUAAAAAAGAAAGAAUCUUUAACAUAAGGAUUUUCACUAGUAGCAAACCGCUAGAUUUGGAGAGUUAUGUAAAUAAAUAUACUUGUCCCGUAUAUUAUAAUAAAAAAUU